CCGGUCACUACGCACGCGCCCCGCAGGCUUACAGUCUCAUUACUGGACGACCAAAGAAAGGCUCCCACAUAACCACAGUCAUCUGGGUCUAACCGCCUCUAGUCCUCGACGAGUAUCUUGGCCCUGUGUUCUGGCUCUACUGGUGUUCGGCGUUAGCUGGUCGAACAGUCCGUCUGCAACAUGGCCGCUUACUUCUUCGGAACGCCUAUCGACGUCGAAGUCAAGCUGGAUGGAGAAGAGUUACGGAAACAGGUCGAGGUCAAGCUGGAGAAGGAACGCACGAUUCAGUGCCCAGUUUACUAUGACGGAGACUCUAUCAGUGGUCAGGUCGUAGUGCGACUACGAGAUGGCAAGAAAUUGGCCCACGACGGCAUCAAGGUUGAAUUCGUGGGCAGCAUAGAGCUAUUCUAUGACCGGGGUCAUCAUCACGAGUUCCUGUCUUUGUCUCAAGAACUAGCGGCACCUGGAGAGAUGCGACAAGCCCAGACCUUCGACUUCAUGUUCAAGAAUGUCGAGAAGCAGCACGAGAGUUAUCAAGGUAUUAACGUCAAGCUACGAUAUUUUGUACGAGCUACGAUCGCCCGAAGAAUGGCGGACGUGACGAAGGAAAAGGAUAUUUGGGUGCACUCUUUCCGCAUGCCUCCGGAUAGUAACAACUCGAUCAAGAUGGAGGUUGGCAUCGAAGACUGCCUGCAUAUCGAGUUCGAAUACAACAAGUCAAAGUACCACCUCAAAGACGUUAUCGUCGGGAAGAUAUACUUCCUACUGGUGCGAAUAAAAAUCAAGCACAUGGAGCUGUCGAUUAUCCGUCGAGAAACGACCGGCGCGCCGCCUAAUCAAUACAAUGAAAGCGAGACUAUUACAAAGUUCGAGAUCAUGGAUGGCGCUCCUGUCCGUGGGGAAACGAUACCCAUCCGACUGUUCUUGGGAGGUUUUGACUUGACGCCGACGUUCCGAGAUGUCAACAAGCGCUUCAGCGUGAGGUAUUAUCUGAAUCUGGUUCUAAUCGACGAGGAGAACCGGCGGUACUUCAAACAGCAGGAAAUCACCGUAUUCAGGAUACCAGAGAAUUGAUUGGCUUCUGCUCGGCUACACGUUGUACGACCUCAUACUAUUCGUAUUUAUCCCCACAUUUUCUCCGUGCUCUCUGCCGGGCGCUGCGUCCAAAACUUUCCAGAGAUCUUGGGAAUUGGGCAGUGUCCGUGCACGCAUUGUUCAUGACCAUCGUAUGGCUAAACUACGGGCAAAGUCGAAAAACAGGGAAAAGGCGGAUUUAAGGUACGUAUACUAAGAGCAGGAACCCGAAACCCCUCAUAGUUCAAUGCAAUAUUGCACUCAUCGUGGUGUCAACGUCGAUCCUCCCUGAAGACUGGAUCCAACUGAACGCGGAAGUCCUUCUCCGUAUGAAUUGCUGGUCCCCACCAGGGACCCGUGCGGUGCCGGCACCUCGAAUUCGAUGUGCUCAAUCGGUAUACUGUCUCGCGAAAACGACGUGCUUGUGGGCGUUGGGGUGUUCCUAAGAGGCGCAUUUCCAUAGCUCUUCACCCUGUCCACUUGCGCAGGCGAUCGAACGCUACCGCGAGGACUGCUCGCCAAUCGGGGCCGAACUCGGACGUCCAGCACACCAUAUUCGGCCGAACUUGUCGAGUCUUGACUGCCAUUCCGUGUUCGCGGUCCCGACGGUCGUUGCCUACCUACUGGAGCUGGUCGCUGAGGCAUAUCGAAACGAGGCAGGUUGAUGUUGUUGGAUGCCGGAGGAGUUGCUGGCGGUGUGACCAUGGCCUGCGCUGGCGGGGCGAUGUCAAACUCGGUCUGUACCAUGCCUGAAGAUGGUAUGGCACCGGACUUCGGGUUAAUGACGAUUUCCUGCUCCCCGAACGUCGUCCUGUUCGCAGUCUUGACCGGCGCGGGAUUUGUGAAAGGGGACUUUGACCUUAUACUUCUACCGGACGCUAUCGUUCUCCUGCUCUUACCGCUCCAGCUGGACUGUCGAGAGACAGAGACGUCUGCUAGUCCCAUUUCGGGAUCGAGCAUGCGCGUUUCGUGCUGGGCGACUGGAAGAGGUAAAGUGGGGAAGUGCUUGGUGAGAUCUUCGAGGUCCGCGGAGGUAUUGGAACCGAAGCUCUGACCCGAACCGAAAGCCCUGCGUCGGCGUUCGACGAGCAGGUCGGUUACCUUCUCUCCCGCGUAUGUGUUGGUCCGGAACAAAGCAGGCGGCUGGGAUACGGGCAACGGCACGAGGUUGGAGAAAGGGGCUGCGGAGACUGGCGAGCCCUCCUUGAGUCCCGAUCCAAACCAAAGUUCCGGGUUCGCAUAUGGGUGGCCGAUGUGCGGUACGACUGGACGUUGCACGCGAGAAUGGCUGACGAUCCAUUCGGACUGAGGGCGAGACUUGAGGCUCGAUUCGGCUUUCGAUGUGAACUCCGAUGGGCUGGGGAGGUCCAAAGCAGAGAAGCGGACGUCAAGAGUAGGUGCUUUACCCAUCUCAAAAUGAACUGUGACGCGGCUGGCAACAGAGUAGGUGGAAAGAUUCGUCUUGGCCGUGGACGUCGCAGAUGGUUUCCGCGAGACAGGUGCCAUGGUCAGAUAACCGGGCCCGAGAUUCUUGAGGAGCUGGUGCUCAUCUGACAUGUCAUCUCCUGUCUGGAGAGAAUGCGGCAUGCUCGUGCGUGCUGUACGAACGGUGGAAGCAUGGCUGAGAGGAUUAUACACAGAUUCCCGCAUGCGCCGCUGUAUGUCCAUGACCAUCGAAACAUGUUUCUCGUUCUCAAUCUCCUCCAUCUUCGGCUCCGCUCCAAUAUGCUGGAACGUGCGGGGGUCAGGCAGGCCAAUGCGACCUUUGAGAUCAGAGCGAAUCUGGGCGUCCAGAAUUUGAAAGUUUUCCCGAACGUCAAGUCCUUUGACGACUCCUAUGAUUAAGCACGCCCGGCCCAACAGACGGACGAUACGUCGGAUGAUGGCCUCGCUAAAUCCGGCCUGAGCAAAACCUAUGACAGUUUCGAUCGCGCCUAAUUUGAUACCGAGGGCGAUCCAACCUAUGCCACGGAACAGUAUGCUUUCAUCAUCACUCUCACCGCGGGUCUCGAUCCGCCUUUGAGAUAUAAAUGCCUUCAUCAGGCGGAAGAACGCGAGCAUAAAACAGAUAGCUUGAUAUGCGGUAAUGAGGGCGAGCGAGAGGCUACUGAAGAACGCCCAUUCAGUGUUUGCAGCCUGGUUCUUGAAUCCUACCACCACUGUCGCAGGGGCGUCAGGAGAGGGUAUUGAGCGGUAUGAAAUGCCGAUGAAUGAACUGAUUUCGUUGAGAAAUAUCACGGUCGGUAUGAAUACGAGAAGUAAGUAUCUCGCAAUGCGUUGGAAUCGCUUCGGGAUAUCAGGGAUGACAUCGGAGGAGAGGAAGGUGAAGAGGAAGGCGAUAUAGAGGAGUAGGGGUAUGCCCGAUGUUGCACCGACGACAAUGUCAAAGGCCUUGAAUCGGGUGGCCGAGUUGGUAAUCGGUGAUAAAAAGUGCGAAAUGAAGUCAAGUCCCGCGACUAAGAAGUAAAGCACGCCCUCCGCGGCGAGCAACAAAUGCUUCCAUCCUUUGCCCCACUUGAUAACGACAAGCAGGAUGGCGAAGAUAGUGCCAAGACCGGGUGGAAUGAGGAUGAUUGCCGCUUCAAGUCUGGUAAGACCAACGCAUCGCAGGAUAGGAGCAGAAGAGACACAGAUUGUCCCCAUCGAACGUCUGGUCUUUGUACGUAUUCAAUGGCGAGAGAUGCAGUGCAUCAUCCAGGUCAAAGGCCGGCUGGAGAGAACCUGUUAGGAGAUACGCGCGCGAGACCUGCCAGAGAUCCUGCAGAGGUACGAAAGGAAUGGAAAGCAGACUGGCUGCAAGAGGACCGUCGACACCAGCGAAAGAAACGAAAUAGAGGAGAAAGUCGAAAGCGAAGCCCGCCUUUCUAAGUCCGUCGAUGCAUCCCCUCAGUCUCAC